AUGUCCGCCCUAUUGCCGAAGGAACAACGAACUGGAAUACGCCAGGAGUAUGCGGCAUUCGAGGAGAUACACAACGAACUUUACGUUGACUUGCAAACUCGAGUUGCCCAAGCGCAAGACGCACGUCGCGUAAAUCAAGGUACGUCAAAUAGUUUAAGUAUUCCAGGUAUCCAACAGCCGAUUGUGGUACAAGCAGCAGCACCACAGUUGCAUGCUCCCUUUCCAACCUUUGAUGGAACACCGGAGAACUGGUACAGUUUCAAGAGCCUCUUCAAAAGCAUCAUGGCGAAGUACCCAAACGAGACACCUGCAAUGAAGAUUUUGCACUUGCGUCAUUCCCUGAAAGGAGAUGCGAGAGACAAGAUCGACCAAGACGUCGUCAACAACAACGACUACGAGAAGGCUUGGAAGAUUCUUGAAAAUGCGUACGAAGAUAAACGGCUGAUACUGGAUACACACGUCGAUGCUAUUCUUGAUUGCGCAAGGGUUAGCAAGGACAACCGAGGAAAGUCGAUUUCGCAACUGGUUGAAACAUGUUCGAAGCAUGUCGACGCUUUGGAAGGGCACAAUUAUCUUGUUGACGGAUUAGGUGAGCUGAUCCUAUUGAAUGUGCUCUACAAAAAACUGGACAAGGAAACACAAGAGCAGUGGGAGCUGAAGGUACCACGAGGAGAGGUUCCUGAUUACGAAACGUUCAUGGAGUUCCUGCGUGAACGAGGACGUGUUCUGCAACGUACAAACCGCUCGCAGCAGCAACAGGUACCACAGCAGUCAACGGUCCAAGGGAAACAGCGAGUCGUGAUAGCUGGUAACAAGGUAUCAGCACAGCCAUCUAAGUCGUUCAUCCAAACGGCUAAGGACAUGUGUCCGUGUUGUCAGGAUGAGCACGUCAUCUACAGUGCAGUCAGUGAAUGUCAGUCUGACCAAGGGUGCAAGGUCGAAGGCUGUGGUCGCAAGCAUCAUAGUCUAUUGCAUCCCAAAUACGAAGCGAGUCUACCGAAGAGCAAUGAGAAGCCACAGUCUACAACGGAUAAAGGCAACAAACAGGAAUCAGGUUUGCGUGCAACUGCAAUGUGUGCGAAGAUUGGAUCAGCGAAGCGGCAAGUGCUGCUCUCAACGGCAGAGGUCUUGAUGGUUGGAAAUGGUGGUUCUACCGUCAAGUGUCGUGCAUUGUUGGAUUCAGGGUCUGACAGUCACAUUCUCACAGAGAGAUUGGCUAACAAACUGAUGUUGGAAAUGAAUCGUGUCGACGUACCAAUCAGCGGUCUCAACGACAUGCAAACGAAAGUGAAACAUCUUUUAUCAACGAAGAUUCUUUCUCGAAUAAGCUCGUACGCAACGAACGUGUUGGAUUUCUUGAUUGUGCCGAGUAUAACAUCGAGUAUUCCAGUAGUGGAAAUCAACACAAAGUCCUGGAAACUGCCAACCGGAGUGCGACUGGCUGAUCCAUCAUUCUAUUCGCCAGGAGAAAUUGACCUCAUCAUCGGCAACGAGAUAUUUUUCGACUUGGUGAAGAAAGGGCGCCUGAAAAUAGAGAACAGUGCGAUUACAUUAGCAGAAACGGAGUUUGGUUGGAUCGUUGCAGGAUCAGUGGAAAUGAGGAAGAGUGUACCGCGUGCACGCAUAUGCCAGUUUGGUCGCCAAGAACAAGCGUUGUGUGAAACUAUGGCAAGAUUUUGGGAAAUCGAGGAUGUUCGUCUUGGUUCUAACUUAUCAGAGGAAGAGGCAGUCGUCGAAGAACAUUUCAAGCAGACUCAUGCCAGGAAUGAGUGCGGUCGUUACGUGGUGCGACUUCCUUUCAACAACAAAAAGUGUCAACUUGGUGAUUCUUUCGUUGGGGCGAAGAAGCGUUACGAGCGGCUGAUGAUCUCCUUAUCGAAAAAUCCUGAAAGGCGAAUGCAGUAUUCCGAGUUUAUGGCAGAGUACCUCGCUCUUGGUCAUAUGAAGGAAGUGGAUGAUCCCAGCGAAGACGGGUAUUAUAUACCGCACCACGCGGUGUAUAAGGCAUCUAGUUCGACUACGAAGACGAGAGUUGUUUUCGAUGCUUCGGCUAAAACGACUUCCGGAGUAUCGCUGAAUGACACUAUAAUGGUUGGACCCACCGUCCAAAGUGACUUGAUUGAAGUAAUAUUGCGAUUCUGUGGUCAUCAAGUGGUACUGACAGCUGAUGUUCCGAAAAUGUACCGACAGGUCGGUAUGCAUCCGGAAGACUGCAAGUAUCAUCAAAUUUUGUGGUGCAACGAACAGAACGAGAUGAAGAUAUUUGAGCUGCAGACAGUUACGUAUGGCGUAGCAAGUUCACCGUAUCACGCAACGAAGGCGCUGAUGCAGUUGGUUGCAGAUGAAGGCGAGCAGUUUCUUUUCGCUUCUGCGGUAAUCCAGAAGGACAGCUAUGUUGACGAUUUUCUGACCGGUGGCGAAACAGUGAUGAAAGUAAAAGCCAUGUACAAUGAGCUUUCUAUGCUAUUGAGCCGAGGAGGAUUUGGUGUUCAUAAAUUCUGCUCGAACAGCCAUGAAGUACUUGCAGCGAUUCCAGAAGAGCUUCAAGAGCAACAAGUCUGUUUUGAGGAAUCUGGGAUUAAUAAUACAAUCAAGACUCUUGGUUUGAUUUGGAAUCCUUAUCAAGAUUAUUUCGCUUUCCACGUCCAACCGGUAACCAGAGAACGUGUGUCGUCCACAAAACGUGCAGUAUUAUCGGAUAUUGGUCGGCUUUUCGAUCCGUUGGGAUUACUGGGACCGAUAAUUGCAUUGGCCAAGAUGAUCAUGCAAGACAUUUGGCGUCUCAGACUGGACUGGGAUGAAACACUUCCGGAUGAUGAUGCCUCCAAGCGGGCGUACGGAGCAGUAGUCUACAUUCGGAGCAUAGCAGCAGAUGACACAGUGGAAGUAAAUCUGGUUGCUAGCAAAUCCAGAGUAGCACCAUUGAAGCCGUUAACAAUUCCACGUCUUGAGUUGUGCGGCGCCAAGUUGUUGGCAGAGUUGGUGCAGAAAGUUACAACGUCGAUGGCGCUCCAUUUCAAUGAAGUUAAUUGGUGGUGUGAUUCGCAGAUCGUAUUAUGUUGGUUGAAGAAAUCUCCGUUGGCGUUGAACCAAUUUGUAGCCAAUCGAAUAGCAGCUAUAUUGGAGCUCACGCCAGGCUGCAGUUGGAACUAUGUUCGAUCCGAAGAGAACCCAGCUGAUGUAAUUUCGAGAGGUGCGAUGCCGAAUGAUUUGUUGCAGAAUGAAAUGUGGUGGAACGGUCCAGAAUUUCUGUGGCAACAAGCAUACGAUGUGCAAGAACUGGAAGCAUUUGAAGAAAAACAGUUGCCGGAACUGAAAAUAGUGAAGAGUUUAGCGGUUAUCAGCAAAGUUCCGUCAAUUUCGUUUGAUCGCAUAAGCGAUUAUAGAAAGCUACAAAGAGCGUGGGUGUAUGUGCUGCGAUUCAUUCACCUAAAGAAAAAAAGAUGA